AUGUACCGUCCUGUAGCUGCAAGCCUGGCUUCUCUGGCAACCCUGUCACUGGCUGUCAAGAGGAAGUCCCCGUUAAUCAAUGUAAUAAUAACACUCCAUGUGAUAAUCUACUGGCAUGUAUCGAUGGAAAAUGUCAGGACCCAUGUCCUGGUCCCUGCCAGGGCAAUACAACCUGCGAGGUCCGGGACCAUGUACCGCACUGUGUCUGCAAGCCUGGCUUCUCUGGCAACCCUGCCACAGGUUGUCAAGGACAAGGUGUUUGCAGUUGCAGAUGAAGCUUGUGCUGAUAACCAUGGAUGCAUUAAGGAACUGUCAUGUAUCGCUGGAAUAUGUCAAAAUCCAUGUCCUGGUCCCUGCUACGGAAAUACGUUCUGCGUGGUCCUCGAACAUGUACCGUUCUGUAGCUGCAACCCUGGCUUCUCUGGCAACCCUUACACUGGCUGUGAAGAUAAAGUUAAUCAGUGUAAUAAUAACAAUUAUUGUGAUGAUCUACUGGCAUGUAUCGAUGGAAAAUGUCAGGACCCAUGUCCUGGUCCCUGCCACGGAAAUACGAUCUGCGAAGUCCACGACCAUGUACCGUACUGUGUCUGCAAGCCUGGCUUCUCUGGCAACCCUUUCACUGGCUGCCAAGAGCAAGUCCCCGUUAAUCAAUGUAAUAAUAACACUUCUUGUGAUACUCUACUGGUAUGUAUUGAUGGAAAAUGUCAGGACCCAUGUCCUGGUCCCUGCCACGGAAAUACGAUCUGCGAAGUCCACGACCAUGUACCGUACUGUGCCUGCAAGCCUGGCUUCUCUGGCAACCCUUUCACUGGCUGUCAAGAGCAAGUCCCCGUUAAUCAUUGUAAUAAUAACACUCCUUGUGAUAACCUACUGGCAUGUAUCGAUGGAAAAUGUCAGGACCCAUGUCCUGGUCCCUGCCAGGGCAAUACAACCUGCGAGGUCCGGGACCAUGUACCGUACUGUGACUGCAAGCCUGGCUUCUCUGGCAACCCUUUUACUGGCUGUCAAGGACAAGGUCGACCUCGAACAGCUACAAUUGAUGAGUCUUCAACGGCAGUCUUGGAACUGUUUCAACGCUCUCCUAACAAAUCUUCGAGGCAAGGGGCACGUGAAAGUGAUGUAAAUUCUAGCAGCGUGCUACGCAUUCUGAUGAGAGGCAAGUAUCGUGUUUACAUUCCAAGGCUGGUGCAACAGCUAAGUGACGACGAUCCAGAUCGAAGGUUGCAAUUUUGUGGAGGAGAUGGUGAUACGUGA